AUGAACCAAGUUAUGCGACAGAUUCAGACCAGCCUCCAAAUGUAUCAAGGAGGAAGUAUGUCCAGCCAUCGAAGUCAGUCCCGCGAAGACGUCGACAAUCUGGUCGAUUCGAAGACUGGAAAGAUCUUAGCGGAUCAUAAGUUAGACAGUAUCAUGCAAGAUAAGAAAAGGAAGAGGAGGAGGAAAGAGAAAGAAGUUGUAGUGGUCAAUCAGAUUUCUCACCCUCCCAACGAUUCUCGCCAACAAGAUGAUCAUCCGAUCAAUAGCAACAGCGCUGUAGUUGAGAGACCCAAAGAAUUCAUCAGUUCACUGUCAACACCUCAUAUAGUCGGUACUUGGUCUGGAUCUCCCAUAAAGAUAGCCAAGAAGGGUAAAUCCGCACCGCUUAAAGCCAAGUCAGCGAUCUUUCAUUGCCCAAUCGAGCGGGUACAUAAGCUGGAAGAGAAUCAAGGAUUGGAUCACCAAAUGACAACUGAUGGAGUCGUGGGUAUCGAUGCUGGCGGAAGCUGGUCGCAGACGAGAAAGCAAAGUCAGGGCUAA